AAGACCGUUUGUCAGUGUACAGUCAGUGUACAGGGUCUUUAAAAUCUCAACAUCAGAAGUGUGCUUGAGACCAAAAGGAAAUUAACUUGCUAAAAAGUUGACAGCCAGGGAAACUGACCUCAACAUCAACAUCAUCAUCAUCAUCAUCAUCACAAUACGACCCGAUACAUCCUGUAUACAUGGGUUAUUAUUUUGAUAUACUCUACAGGCUUGUUUGUUAUCCAUAAAACCAUUUUGUACUCAAUCCUAAAGUGAACUUCAUAGGAUCCAUCUGAAAUGUUUUGCUAGUUGUGUUCUCCACCCUCGAAAUUCUCAUUUGCAAGUCAUAUUAAAGGAAAGGUGGUUUUAGGAGUGUUGCUUCAGAGUCUCCACUGUGCAUGUCAGCCCUGAUGCUGCUCCUUCACCUAAGAGCAAGCUGACUCGGACACCAUGAUCAGGAAACGCUUUGUUCUCAAUGAGCCUGAAAUCAAAGAUUAUAUGGUCAAAGGAGAAAGAUUCACAAAAUGGAAAGAAGAUUCGUCACGCACUGUGCCUGUCACCAUGAAGAUGGAUCCAAAAGGAUUCUUCCUUUACUGGAUAAACUCAAGCAAGGAAGUAGAAAUUGUGGAUAUGGCGACCAUAAGGGACACACGGAUAGGGAAAUAUGCCAAACUCCCCAAACAUCAGAAAGUUCGAAACGCAUUCAACAUGGACUUCCCUGACAGUAAUUACUUAGGCAAGACCAUGACCAUUGUAACCGGCCCUGACAUGGUCAAUCUCACUUACUACAACUUCUUUGCAGCCAAAGAUAAUGUAGUGCAGAACUGGGCAAAUGACAUCCUGGCCAUUGUCUACAACCCUCAAAGGGCCAACGUCUGCAGACAAAUCUACCUGGAUAAGUUGUAUGUUCGCCUCACACUGCAAACCAACAAGGAUGGCAAGAUUCCUGUUAAAUAUAUCUAUAAGAUGUUUCCAGCUGAUAAGAAAAGGGUUGAGAGUGCGCUAUCAACUGCAAAGCUUCCUAAGGGAAAGUUUGACUCCAUCAAGCUUGAUGUGUUCACUGAAGCUGCAUUCAAAACUUUUCUGAUGAACCUUUGUCCCAGACCAGAGAUCUAUGAAAUCUUCAGCAGCUAUUCUAACAAACCCUACAUGACCAAGGAGGUCUUUAGCAAGUUCCUGUAUGAGAAGCAGAGAGACUCAAGGCUUAAUGAAGAGCUUUACCCGCCACUGAGACCUGAUCAGGUGAAGGCCCUCAUCGACAAGUACGAGCCCUCGUCCUCUAAUUGUAACCGCAAUCAGAUUACACCAGAGGGUCUUCUCUUCUUCCUAAUGGGGCCUGAGACAACACCUGUGAUGAUGGACAAAAUUGCCCAGUGCCACGACAUGACCCAGCCCAUCCCUCACUACUACAUCAAAUCCUCCCACAACACCUAUCUGACUGCGGGUCAGUUCUCAGGCACCUCCUCUCCAGAGAUGUAUCGUCAGUGUCUGCUUGCUGGAUGUCGUUGUUUGGAGCUGGAUUGCUGGAAGGGCAAACCUCCAGAUGAAGACCCUAUCAUUACUCACGGCUUUACCAUGACCACUGAGAUCCUUUUUAAAGAUGUGAUUGAGGCUAUUGCAGAGAGUGCAUUCAAAACAUCAAAAUAUCCAGUCAUUCUCUCCUUUGAGAACCACGUGGAUACAGUCAAACAGCAGGAGAAGAUGGCUAACUACUGUAGGACCAUAUUUGGAGAUGCUCUACUCAGUGAUCCCCUGGAGAAGUAUCCGUUAAAGCCAGGCCAUCAGAUCCCGAGUCCUUCUGAGCUGAUGGGAAAAAUUCUGAUCAAAAACAAAAAAGGUCCCUCAGGGCCGGCCAAACCUCCAACAAAGAAAACACAAGAAGAAAGUCCUGCUGAGAACGGAGGAGAGCAUCCUGAAAACCCUGAGAACCAGAAUGCUGAACACGAUGAACACCAUGAACACCAUGAUGACCACCACGAUGACCACCACGAUGAACACCAUGAGGAUGAGGAACAAGAUGAGGAAAAGAUGAAGAACUCUGAUGAAGGUACAGCUGGGCAGGAAGUAAAAGCUUUUGAGGCAAUGUCUUCAAUAGUCAACUAUAUUCAGCCACACAAGUUCGUCUCCUUUGAGCAGUCUCGGAAAAAGAACAAGAGCUAUGCCAUCUCCUCUUUUGUGGAAACCAAAGGAGAGCAGAUGAUCGCCAAGAGUGCUGUGGAGUUUGUCGAAUAUAACAAGAGACAGAUGAGUCGAAUCUACCCCAAAGGAACACGAAUGGACUCUUCUAACUACAACCCUCAGCCUUUCUGGAACGUAGGCUGUCAGAUGGUGGCACUGAACUACCAGACCAUGGAUUUCCCCAUGCAACUGAACAUGGCGCUGUUCGAGUAUAACGGAAGGACUGGGUACCUCUUAAAGAAUGACGUGAUGCGGAGGAACGACAAGACGUUUGACCCCUUUACUGACAAGAUUGACACCAACGUGCCCAACACGCUCUCUAUCAAGAUCUACUCAGGCCAGUUUCUAUCUGAUAAGAAUGUGAAAACAGCAGUGGAGGUGGAGAUCAUUGGUUUGCCCGGAGACCCCAAACGCAAAUUCCGCACCAAAAACACCGCCACACCAAAUGCCAUCAACCCUGUAUGGAAUGAAGAGCCCUUUGUGUUUGAGAAGAUUCUUCUGACAGAACUGGCUUCGGUCCGGAUAGUGGCUUAUGAGGAAGGAGGGAAAUUCAUUGGGCAUAGAAUUAUUCCCAUAGAUGCCAUCCAAUCAGGAUUCCAUCAUAUUUGUCUGCGUAGUGAGAGUAACAUGCCUCUGAUGCUUCCUUCCCUCUUUGUCUACAUUGAGGUGAAGGAUUACAUCCCUGCUGCUUUUGCUGAUUUCACAGAUGCUCUCUUCAAUCCAGUAAAGACUACCAAACCUGCAAAACAGGAGAGCGCUAACUUUGUAAGCAAAUAUGAGAUGGCUGGUGCUGCAGCUGUUCCUGCUGCAGUGCCUGAGGGUAAUGAGGCCGCAGCAGAGGGCGAUGAUAAACCUACAGAAACACCUGAGUCUGCUGAAGGUGAAAAUCCACCAGCAGAUCAAGAGCCAAAAGCUUCUGAAACUGAGGCACCUGUGACAUCAGAAGAGGCUCCUCCAUCCGAAGCACCUCCACCUACAGAAGAGCCUCCACCUGCUGAAGAGGCUCCUCCUGCUGAGGCACCUCCACCUUCAGAAGAGGCUCCUCCCACCGAGGCACCUCCACCUUCAGAAGAGGCUCCUCCCACCGAGGCACCUCAACCUGCAGAAGAGGCUCCACCCACCGAGGCACCUCCACCUGCAGAAGAGGCUCCACCCACCGAGGCGCCUGCACCCACAGAAGAGGCUCCAUCCACUGAGGACCCUCCACCUUCAGAAGAGACUCCCCAAGAAGCUCCUGCUCCAUCUGAAACCCCUGAGGCCGAGAAGCCUGCUGAUGAAAAUGAGCUGGCCUCUGUGACCUGCGAUGAACUGCAGCAGCACAAGAACUACCUGAAGGUCACCAAGAAGCAGGAGAAAGAGCUGAAAGAGCUGGAAAAGAAGUUCCAGAAGAAGGGCGAGGAGCUAACUCAGAAAUACAGUGAUCUCUGCAAAUCCCUCAAGAAGAAGACCUCGCAGAAGAAGAAUGAAGCCGGAGCCGAGGGGCCAAAUGCAGAGCAAAUCAAUGAGUUGAAAACGAAGCUGCGGACGGAGCUCCGAUCAUUGUGGGUGGAGAAAUACGACCAGGUGAAGAAGAAGAAAGAGCAGCAUGCCUCUGAGUGUUUGACCAAGCUGCUGGAGAUGGCUACAGAGAGACACGCCAAUGAACUGAAGGCACUGAACAGUGACAGUAAAGGAGGGAAGAAAAAGGAAGCAAAGGGCUCAGGUUCCGAGAAAAGCAGCUUGAAGAAGAGCAAGAGUAAGGAACAGCUUGACGAUAAUGACGAAGCACAGCCUGCAUCUAGCGAUGGAAAUUCAUCACAGGAGCAGGAGCAGAAACUCAAGAAGAAACAGGCUGAAACUCUGGCUGACAUCAGAGUCUUGAACAGUCAGCUGAACCAGCAGGCUGUAUCAGAGCAUGCUAAGAAGAUGUGGUCUCUACCAGGUGAUCUUAAGGAAGCAGUUAAUGCCUGUGUGGGUGGUCACUUCCCUGAGCAUGCAGAUAAGACUGAAGACAGCAAGCCUGAGCAGGAUGGCCAAUACGGCCAAGUUUACCGGGGCUGAUGACUAUUCAACUUCCUUAGUUCUCAUUAGCACUUCUGCAGGUGUAGCUGAAAGUUGUAAGGGCUUGACAAUGCUCAUGCUCAUCAAUCCACAUGCAUGAAGUGGGUGCAACGUGCCAGAUUUUCUCCUUUGACAUUUGUAGUAAAGCCACUAGCACCAUGGUUUAAAGAUACGUAAGAGUGAAAGACAAUCACCUGCAGAACUGUGAUGUCACAGCAAUGUGUUAGUUGUGUUUUAGGAUGUAUUGAAUAGUUAUGACAAAGGAAAUUGCUUUACCGUCUUCAUUUAGCAGACCUUAAUAAUCAAUGUAAUAAACUUAAUUAA